AUGCCAAACGCCAAAAAGAAACGCCAAGCAAAGAAUGAAGACUUCAAGAAAAAGAAGCUCAAGGUUGGCAAGAAGAAGGCGUUGCCCGACAAUUAUACAGACACCACGUUCAGAUCAAAAAGCAUUGCACUUCCCAACCAAAGCAUUACCGAGGACAAGUCCCGAUUCGCUACGACGAGCCGCAACCUGACACUCAACGACGUCUUGUCUCAGUUGAAGCACUAUAAUGCUGGUGUACGAAAAGAUGCCAUCAGUGGUCUUGAAGAGCUUUAUCGUAGCCAUCCAACGCUGAUUACUGCUUCUCUUGGCCAAGUGGUGAAUGGUAUCCUGAAAUUAUUGAUCGAUGAUGAUCGUGAUGUUCGGAAAGCAUUGCUUGGAUUUUUGCAAGAGACAUUCCCUUCCAUCAAGAAAGCAGAUAUCCAGCCAUUCUUACCGCUACUUAUCAUCUACACGUGUUCAGCCAUGUCACACAUCUUUGAGGAUAUUCGAAAUGAUGCAGUCAAAUUGAUGGAUUUAUGGGUAUCGCUUGCACCUGAAGUGGUUGUGUCAAGGUUUUGGAAUCGAGUGGUGGGUAUCUACAUGAGCCUGCUUUCGGUGUCGUCGACCAAUGACCAUGCUGGUUCCAGUAUCGCUGGAGGAUCAAAAAUCACUAAUGCUGAAUCAGCAAAGGCAGCUGCCGCCAAAUCACAUUUGCAUUUACACAAGAGUAAACUGGGUCCAGUGGAAAGUUUAUCAAGAUUUUUACAAGCUGGAUUGGCACAAAGGGAUCAAGACAAAUUAUGGUUCCUGGAUGCAUUUUUGGAUCAUGUACAAGCAAAGGAAGGAUUCAGGAGGAAGAUAGAGCAAUUCAAGUCAUGUUCGACACAAAAUCUGGUUCGAUGGGAUACAAAGAAAACGACAACGUGCCAAAUCACGCAUCCCAAAUUGGUAUCCUAUGCUCCUUACUUGUCCAAUUCAGCUCUCCCCACUUUGAACCUUUUCGAAUCUGCUGGUCCCAAGAAUGCUAAUAACAAGGAAACUGACGAAGUCCUUGGCAUGGAUUCAAAUGAGGAUGGUAAAAUGAGGGUCAAGCUCCUCAUUGAGACUUUUCAACCGGUUUUAUUAAGCACGUGGCUGGAUGCUGCACCUACCGUAUUUGCAACGAGCAGUACCAUCACAUUGACACCAGCACUACAGCUUUUGAGUGCCGUCCUUCAUUUGACAUUGGUGCUAUGGCGAGCCUUAGUAAGCAGUGACGAGCUUCACUCGGUGGAUGAUGCCUGGAUUGAGAAACACUGCCAUCACUUGUUGAAACAUUUCGUGGUGUAUUUCCCCUAUGGUGCAGACGUUCUUGGUGAUGGUGGUCCCAAGGCCAAUGCGUUACUCCGACAAAUGAAUAUUGAAACAUGCGAGUUGACCUCGUUGUACAUGCUUGCCAAGUUAGCACGAGGAGGAAAAGAGAGCCUAGAUCAUUUGGAAUGGGUCGACAAGGUGGUGGAUCAUGUGCUAGGUCUUUUGGGUUAUGAGGAGGAAAGGACAUCGUCCAACUUUAAAGAAGAUGAUUUAUCUGCACUGCUACCCGCUGUAUGGGGCUUCUUGAAUGGUCUUGAUAGGAAAAACCAAUACACUAUGUUCAAGACAUUUAUGGAUUAUUAUCAACGCUGCCAUGCCCAUUCAGGGUUGAAACGAACGGCAUUGGAGUUUUUGAUUGGCACAUACCUGGUCCAAUCAAGUCCUAGUUAUAACGGCCGAUUUGUGCUUGAUGAUCGUUAUCGUACCCUUAUGAACAACUGGAUUUUCGGAUUACCAAAGACACUUUGGCAGCUAAAGACAAGCCAUCCUGAAACAAGUGCUGUUAUCGUUAACUUUUUGUGUGAAGCUGCCAAACGCAGUGAUCAAGAUAUCUUUGAGAAAAAGUCUCUCGAAGCAACUGAACUAGCCCUGGUACCCUUCUUUUACGUGAACAUUGCAAGCAAAGGAGAACUAUUUGGACCCUUUAUUGAUUUACCAAAGGAAACCCAACAACGUGCACUCGAGUUUGUCUAUUAUGUUGACAGUGGGUCGGCCAAGGUUGCCAAUGCCAUUGAAGCAUGUAAAAAGCGUAAGUGA